CACCACAUGCGAAAGUUUUUUAAAAAUUGUUUUGUCUGACUUUUUGAGCUAUUUUUAGUUUGUUGGUGCAAUCUUGGAGCAUGAUUUGGACCUUCUGUUUGCGUAGUCCAAUCACCCGAUGAAAGUUUCCAUUCUUUGCGCGCUGAGUCUGGCAAAAAAGACUUAUCAAUUUUGUUAUUGCCAUUUGUUUAUAACCGACCUGUUUCUUAUGAUGACGACGACGGUGAAGUAAAGUCUACAGCUGACGAUUUUGAUUCAUGUGACGAUGAAAAUGACUACCCAAGCGAGUUUGAUUUCCUCGAUCAAAAACUUGGACAGAUCUCAAGGCGAAAUGGUGCAAAGAAAAUAUCCAUUGCAGUGAAGGAAAAAAGGAAAUAUUGUCACCGAGAUACUCGGAAGGUUAUCUCCACGCCGAAAGCAAGUUGUGCGGGAUCAGAUGAUUCUGGCAUUGGUCUUACUAAUAAAGAAAUGCGGAUCAGGGAAGCAAGGAUUGAAAAUGUAAUGAGAAAGCGGGAGAAAAAGAUAAAAGCAAAAGUGAAUGAGAUUACUGACGAUAAUCUACGCUCAAGAAGCGAAGUGCAGGUGGAGAAUGUGGAGAAACCUCUAAAAAGCAGUUUUAGGAAAUCUGUAAAGAAGAACCCAGUAAAUGUUUGUACCAAUCAAGCAGCCAAUCCACCAUCAUUUUACAAUAAUUCUGACUUUAUUCUCGACUCAAACAACAAUGGUGUUAAAUUUGAAGAUCAGUCUUACUUGAACUUGCUGAUUGAACUUCAAAACCGUGAGAUUACACCUGAGGAUUACGACUUGCUCCUCCAGUUGGAUUCCUCUGUCCAGCUUAAGAUCUUGUCUGCCGCCAAAAUUAGGAGACUGUCAUCCGAUAAAGUAACAGAUGAAAUUAAUGACACAUGUAGUAUUUGCAUGGAGGACUAUGUCGCAGGGGAUAAGAGAAAUUUUCUGCCCUGUGGUCAUCACUUCCAUAGCUACUGUAUAAAGACUUGGUUAGGUACAACAUCAGACAGAUGUCCAAUUGAUGGAAAAGAAGUUAGGUAGCAUUAUCAGAUACAAUGUAUAUAUAAACUUCAUAUAUACAUUGUAUCUGAUUUAUCAUCACGGGUUUAUUACGAAUCAA